GUCCGGUAAUAAAAAUAACAAAAAACGGUUGAAUUGAAUUUUGAGAAUUUAUUUUGAACUUCAAUAAGGAAUUGAAGAAACUAGUAGUUCCUUUAAAUAUUUCCAUAUUGCUUACUUCUACUUGAAUUAAAUAAAAAUGUCUACAGUUGAAGAAGAUACUGUAAUAGCUCCUUGGGUUGGACCUACGUCCUGCAGAAACAGAUUAACGGUCCUUAUACUCUCAACAAACGUAAAAAUUAUUGAAAAGAUCUCACAAGCCCUUGAAGAAAUUCACGCCAAAGGAAAUUUUCGAUGGAAAUUGAUAAUAUUACAAUCAUUCUAUUUGGAAGAAAUUGUCAGGCAGUCUGAUCUGACGGGUAAAAUAUCUAUUGAUUUCAUAGUUUUAGGCAUGGAUACAAGAAUUUUUUGCUUAGAAUGGACAAAAAAGGCUUUAAAUCAAAUUCACCCUGAUCUUCGUAGUCGGCGAUCAAUACUCGUGAAUGCCAGUGGAUUACCUGUGAAUGGAAUGGCUAUAAGUACUGAAGAUUUGUUAACUUUUCAAACGGAAUCAAAGUUGGACAUGUUGACUUCAAAUGUUUACAAAUCUGAAGAGGCUUUGUUUUUAGCGCGAAGAUUACUAAAAUAUAUGGAAGUAUCAUUAGGUAUCAAAACUGGAAUUCCGAAUUUAAAUGUGUGAAACAACUACUUUUAUUAUAAACAAAACAGAAGGUGCAUAGACACUAUUAUGUGGAUUAUUUGACAAUGAACUGGAUAUAUAUGAAAACGGAGAGCUGGUUAGGCCAUGUCCACACUAGAAUGUCUAAUGGCCAUCGCAGGAUGUGAACAGAAGUUUCAGCUUAAACAAAGAUAUGUUUGAAAGUACAUAUGUACUUUCAAACAUAUGUGCAUUUUUAAAAGGAUCAAGCCACCUAGGUAAACAAUUAUAAAUACACCAAUAAUGGGAGGCUUUACUUUUUUUUUAAACAUUUCUUUGGGUUUGAAAGGAUGCCAAUGUUUUAAAAUUUCACUUUGCAGUUUACUUGUGUAUGUAUGUAAAUAUUAUGUAAAUCAUAAACUAUAAACACAUUUCAAAAUCA